CGGCUAGCUCAAAACACAGUCUUUAAAAUAUGUAGACACACUGUUAAGAUUUUUUGGUAGUGUUCUUUGGUUUCGAAAAAAAUGAAUUAAGUUUUGUUAAUUAAUUGUUCAAGUGUUAUUUUGGUGAUUACUUUAAAAUGGGAAGACAACAAACAAUUUUAGUGAAUUUAAAACGUUUAGAUCUCAAUCAACCAUGGGGAAUAAGUUUAGUGGGGGGUAGUGACGUUGGAACACCCUUAAUCAUAACACGAGUGGGUAUUGGAACUCCCGCUGAAGGUCAACUUUAUCGUGGUGACAUCAUUUCAAAGAUUGGUGAAUACGAUUCCAGAGAUAUACGUCACGAAGAUGCUGAAAAUCUAUUUAGGAACGCUGGUAACACAAUUAGAUUUGUCAUACAAAGAGACACCACUGCUCCAAGACAACCAGCUGUUUCAACAAGUUUAUCAUCGUCCAGAUGUAGUUCAGCAUUACCACCGUUAUCGCCAUUAUCAUUAAGUCCUAACCCAUUAUCACUAAAUAAUGCACUUGGAAGCUUAGGUUCACCGACAACGCCGUAUCGAUCACCAAGCCCUGCACAUUCGUAUAAAGAGACUUUACAACAGCCAUUAGGAAAUUUGCCGCACACAAUAUUUCCAUCAAUGGAUCAAAAUGAAAUAUAUCUACAAACAAUUUCUCCAAAUCAGCCAGCACAGAAUACAAUGGACGAAAAAGCGAUUGAAAUUGAGGCAGUACUUAAUCAGCCAUAUCGUACAACUCCACUUGUAUUGCCAGGAGCUAAAGUCAAACAUGAACCAGCACCCACUGAAAGUUAUUUAAGACAUCAUCCGAAUCCAUCAAUGCGACAAGGACACUAUUUAGAUCAUGAAACGAUUAUGAAACAAAAAGUUGCUGAUAGUGUAUUGCACAAAGUUGUUGGAGGUGAUGGAACUGUUGGAGGAAAGCAGGUUGUGCACAAACAAUUCAAUUCGCCAAUUAAUUUAUACAGUGAACCAAAUAUUGCCAAUACUAUCAGACAGCAAACAGGAGUUACACCGAUUAAGAAGAACGCAGUAUUUGAUCCAAGUCGAAGCGAAACUUUAAAAGCUCUUCAAGAAGAGAACUACAUAUAUGAACCGGUUCAAGCUGUAUCAAAUCCAGUUGUACCAAAAGUAUUUACACCACAACACCAUUCGAAUCGAGUAAUACCAGCAAAGAAGCCAGUACCUCCACCACAAGUAAAUAACACAAAUCCAUAUGCAAAUUCAAUUGGAGGUGAUUUUGACUCCAUUCAACAAAGUGGAUCCUUUAAACGUUUAAUGCACAACGUUUUAGGUCAAACAGAUUAUUAAAUAAAAACAUUAAUUAUACAGGCUAAGUUCAGAUACAACGUCAGAGUAAAUCAAUUCAA